AUGAGCGACUCUGGGGGCAAGGCGAGUUCUCUGACUGCUGCGGCUGCUGCUGCUGCUGCUGCAGCAGCAGCUGCAGCAGCAGCAGCAGCAGCAGCAGGAGAGGGGGAAGAUGAUGUGCGUGUGGAGUUAUCCGAGUGGGAUAGCGACACGGAGGUGUCUGUGCUGCUGCAGCGCAUGCAGCAGCACCGGCAGCGGCUGCUGCAGCAGGGGCUUAUUAAAAAGAAAAGAAAAGCUGCUGCUGCCUUUGCUCCCAUCGAUGUGGAGUGGGUCCUGGGAUCCGAUCCCAGGCGGGGAUACGACUACCUCACUGCUGAUGAGAAGGCUGCCUUUCUCUCCCUCAAGCACUUUCAUCUCUCUUCAUCGUACGCCCUGUGUCUCCUCCUGUCUCCUUGCUCGCCGCUCUCUGCUGCUGCUGCUGCUGCUGAUCAAGCAGCAGCAGCAGCAGCAAGGGCAGCAAGAGGGAUAGCAGCUGGGAGUUUUGUAGUAUCUCUGUUUGCAUGCAUUUCUUUUUGGGUCUCCUGA